CAAAUAUUGACAAUCGACAAGCAAAGCAAACAAAUUCACUUUAUGUAUAUCUUUUGAGGAUGGUCUUUCCACAGUGAAGACUCACGGCCUUUGGCUGUGACGAUCCUUCCUACCAUCCAACGUCUCAUCAUGGCGUGGAAACCUUCUGGGGUGUGGAAUAAACCCACUAUCAACUUGCCGCAACGAGAUGACUCCAGCUUCCCGGGUCUCACGCCCAGGACCCCAGACGCUACUCCUAAGAUCGAAUACGAAGAGCUGCAACAAAAUGAACUCAUGGUUCUCGAGGCCAUAUAUGGCGAGGACUUUGUGAAGCACAAGGAAACCACGAGUGCAUGGAAGCGGACCGAUCCCUCAUUUGACAUUCGGAUUCGGGCUCCCUCCAAUGACGACGUUGCUCUUACUUUGGGGGUUGUUCUCACAGCAACUUACCCUAAAACCCCACCCCUCCUAACAGUGAAGGACUCGACUGGACUUCGUGACGUUACGCAUUUUAAGGUCCAGAGGUUCCUUGAAACCGAGCCGAAGAUCUUCGCCCAGGAGCAGCAGGAGAUGAUCGACCGCAUCGUGGAAGGCGUGCGAGAAAUCCUAGAGGACGCAGCUCAGGCCAAGGCCAAGGGACUUAAGUUGCCCUCCCUCGAGCAGGAGCGGGCAGCUCACGAAAAGAAGCUCGCCAAGCAAGCCAAGGAACAGCAGGAGGCCGACGAGCGUAGGCGCGCAGAAGAGAGCCGGGAGGAAGAGCGGGUUCUCGGCGGCCUGCUGGAGGAGGAGCUGAAGCGCCAGAAAGAGCGGGCAAGAGAGCAGCGGAAGAAGAGUCAGCCUAAUGCGUUCAUCCCCGUCCCUCUCACGGGCGAUGGCGACCUGGACAGCAGUCAGAUCGUUUUUGACCGACCGUGCCGGGCGACCGAUAAAACCGGCAACGAAAUCAUCUUCCAGGCUGUGACGGGUAAAUCCGAGCAUGCCAGGGGCCCCGUUUCUACCAUCUACGUCGUGCGUCCUGUCGUGCCCGCUGGCCAAGAGUGCCCUGUUCUUGCUCUCAAGGAAACGCGGCUCCGGACAGUCGGGAAGGAUGUCGCUCUGUUCAAGAAGCAAGCCCAAGCUCUUGAAUCCUUGCUCGAGUCGUUGAAAUCGAUCCGUCACAGGAACCUUCUUGAAGUGCUCGAUUUUCGCGUCGAGAGGGGCGCGCAGGCUGGGGAUCGCAAGGCCCCCAGCCCCUGGUCCUUCACCAUUCUCACACCUUUUGCCGAUAAGGGGCCGCUGGAUGAACUCCUAGACCUUGCCGGCCAUCUAGAGGUUGGGAAGGUCCGUGCCUGGACUAGAGAUCUCCUGGACGCUCUGAGCUUUCUGCACAACAAGUCGGUAGUCCAUCAGGACAUCCACGCCGGAAACGUCUUAUUAUUCAGGGAGCCGACUGGAGAAAUCGUCCCCAAGCUCUCCGACGCGGGCUAUCAGAGGGAAUUGCACACCUUAUCUGCUCAAGCUCGGACUCUCCCAGGUUUAGGAUCGGCCAAGUCAGCCUACUGGCUACCUCCGGAGAUUGCUGCGACAUCAAGGCCAAUCUACACGCAAAAGACUGACGUCUGGGACUUUGGGGUUGUGUUUCUACAGAUGAUUUUUGGCCUUGACGUGCUUCGGAAGUACCACGCCCCUUCUGCGCUUGUCGACGCUCUCUUACUCUCCAACCCACUUCGGGAACUCGUCACUAGAUUCUUCAAACAAGAUGGCAAGAAACGCCCUCGAGCUUUUGAGCUGGGAUCGAGCGAGUUUCUAGCUACCGAUGCGCCUGUGCUACUAGAUGACUCGUCUUCCCUGGGCACCAGUUUCCAUUCGCCGAGCCACCAUUCCCAUAAUCUGACGCCUAGGUUAAGACGCGAGUCAACGAAUAGAACUCAAGCCUUAUCGAGGUAUCAGGAGGACUUCGUAGAAGAAGGCCGGCUUGGAAAAGGCGGGUUCGGUGAGGUCGUGAAGGCGCGCAAGAAACUCGAUGGGCAAAUCUACGCUAUCAAGAAGAUCAGCCAGCGGUCCCAAGCCAGCCUGACGGAGAUUCUAAAGGAAGUUCGACUUCUGUCACAGCUCAGUCAUCCAGCCGUGGUACGAUACUACAACACCUGGGUCGAAGAAAUCCCCGACGACACCGACACUGAAGGGGAGACCUCCACGGAAACCGAUGCAUCGACGGAAACCUUGCCUCAUCAACCCGAUAUCCAGUUUGCCACCAGCACCGGGGGUCUUGACUUCAUGUCGUCGAGUGGGUUUCCUCACGUCGAAUUUGAGUAUGACGACUCCGGUGACGAAGAGGAGGACAAUGAAGAUGUAGACGAGGAUGGGGACGAGUCGUCCUCGGACAUUGAGGUUCGCUCUGCCUCACCAGAAGCUGUCAGAGAGACCCUGGGACCACGCAAAAACCAACCGCGGCGCCCUUAUAAAACCAUACUUUACAUCUCUAUGGAGUACUGCGAGAAGCGUACGCUUCGCGAUCUUAUAGCGAGAAAGCUAUACCAGAAUACCCCGGAGAUUUGGCGUAUCUUCCGCCAGAUCCUUGAAGGUCUCGCUCAUAUCCAUAGUCUCAGUAUCGUUCACAGAGACUUGAAACCAGAGAACAUUUUCAUCGCUCACAGCUCAGACGGCGUUGACAAUGUCAAGAUCGGUGACUUUGGUCUGGCCACGAGCGGGCAGUUUGCCGUCGAGAAGGGUAUCGCGAAUGCUUUAGAAUCAGACGACAUAACCAGGAGUAUUGGCACGGCUUCAUAUGCAGCGCCUGAGGUGAGGUCCGGCGCUACGGGGACAUACAGUCUCAAAGUCGAUAUGUAUUCUCUGGGAGUCAUCUUCUUCGAGAUGUGCUACCCUCCGAUGAUGGGGAUGCAGAGAGCAGACGUCAUCGGCAAGCUGCGACGCUCACCUCCCAUGCUACCAUCCGACUUUAAGCCCACCCAAAAGACGCAGACAGAAAUCAUCCUCUCCCUACUAACGCACAAUCCGAAAGAUCGACCGUCGAGUGGAGAGCUGCUCCAUAGCGGGAAGCUUCCGGUUCAGAUGGAGAACGAGACGAUCAGGCGCACAUUGGCAGGCCUGGCUGAUCCAAGCUCGCCAUAUUACCAGAAAAUGCUUUCCACCCUGUUCUCACGUCCCGUAGAGCAAACCAAGGAUUACGCCUGGGAGAUGCACGCGGGUUCUCCGAGUCAGACCGAUGUUUUGAACCAAAAUAUCGUCAAGAAGACGCUCAUCUCUAUUUUCCGCCGUCACGGGGCGCUUGAGAUGCCCAGGAAUGUGAUUUACCCCAAGGCGUCACAAUACGGCGACAACGUCGUAAGGCUCCUUGAUUCCCACGGCACGGUUUUGCAACUCCCGUAUGACCUGACCUUGGGCCACGCCCGAAUGCUCGCCAAACAAACUGGAGGCUCUCCGGUGCAGCGGACAUAUACCUUCGGUAACAUCUUCCGGGACCGACAGGACGGCCAACCCCUGAUGCUUGGCGAGGUUGACUUCGACAUUGUGACUACAGACACUUUGGACCUGGCUCUCAAGGAAGCCGAGGUGAUAAAGGUCCUGGAUGAGAUUGUCACGACAUUCCCUUCGCUUUCGUCGGUGCAAAUGUGUUUUCAUCUCGGACACUCAGAACUAUUCCAGCUUAUUCUGGAGUACUGUAGGAUUGAGCCCGGCUCUCGCCAGGCAGUCGCCGACGUUCUCAGCAAGCUUAACAUCCAUGAUCAUACCUUCCAGAAGCUCAGGGGAGAGCUUCGUUCUCCGUUGGUAGGAGUUUCUGCCAUGAGCCUUGACGAGCUACAGCGAUUUGACUUCAGGGACACCCCGAGCAAGGCGUUUUCCAAGCUGAAGACGUUAUUCGAAGGUACAGACAUGUACCAGAGGGCCUCGUCGACCUUGGCUCAUCUGAAGGAAGUAUAUGAAUAUGCCAAACGGCUCGGUGUCGUGAGCAAGAUUUACAUCAACCCCCUCAACAGCUUGAAAGAGAGCUUUUACAAAGGUGGCAUAUUGUUUUCUUGCCUUUACGAUAAGAAAUUUAAAGAUGUAUUUGCGGCCGGGGGUCGGUACGAUAGCCUCAUCAAAGAAUACCGCCCCCGAGUCAGCGGGCACUUCGAGGAACGGCACGCCGUCGGCUUCAACCUGGCCUGGGAAAGACUCGCACGGGUACCGAAAAGUGGUGGGAAGGCGUUCCUCAAGAAAGCAGAGGAUGACCACCGAAACAUCUUCAAUACUAAACGGUGCGAUGUGCUUGUUGGAAGUUUCGAUGCCGCCGUGCUACGAUCGACCGGAAUAGAGAUUCUGCGAACACUGUGGGCUCACAACAUCAGCGGCGAGCUUGCACACGAUGCGCGGUCGCCGGAAGACUUGCUGACGAAACAUCGAGACGAAAGCUACUCGUGGGUGAUCAUCAUAAAGCAAGACGACGUCCUCAAAAUCAAGACAUUGGGGAAGAAAGACACGCCGGACGUGGAAAUUAGCAAACCCCAACUCGUGCCAUGGCUCCGGGCCGAGAUCCGCGAGAGAGAUUCCAAGGCAUUGGUGAAGAAUGUGACGACGGCGGCGGCGGCGGCAGCAGCAGCAACAGCGGCCGAAACACACGCCGAGCAGGAUGUGCGUGUGCUCGUCGCUCAGAAUAGAAGCAAGAAGUUCAAUCGUCGCACCGUCGUCGAAAAAGCGCAACAGAGCGCUGCGAACUUGGUACAGACUUUCCUCGAGGGACCCAUCUUGGCCGUGGAGACGACGGGCCAGAUCCUGGACCUGAUCCAGGAGACGAGCCUGUCGGACGGGGAGAGCUGGCGCAAGCUCGAGCAGUCGGUAACGACGACGGAGAGGCACUAUGUAAGGGACAUACGUGUCAUGCUAACGGACUGGCGGUCGGCGUGGGAGCAGAAGGAGGGAAGCCGGCAUUGUUUCCUGUACAACUUCAGGACGGAGAGGUGUAUAUACUACGAUCUCGGUGCAUGAGUGGUUUAGAGAACAACUUAUCCCUUUCCUGUCUCAUCUGAGCUGGAAGUACGCUUCGAUAUCCGUCUCAUUUGGGGUCGUAGUCGAGUUCAUGUAGAAAAAUGACAUUCGAGUACAUGCUAUGGGGAGGGAUGAGACUGCAUGUAUCAAUCUCGGAUAGUAGACAUUGCAUACCCUAGACAUAGCCGAGUGAAACAUCAUAUGGGACUUGUCCUCUCCGGAUCAUCCGGAAGCAAAACUCACCCGUGUUGAAAGAUGAGGCAACGGCUG